AUGAACUCGACGCAUCAAGCCCCUUUCCGAGCCUACGAGAUGGAAGCAGCAGGCCAGCUGAGACCAGUCCCGCUCGCCGAUUCUGAUCCAGAUUCCGGCCCGGCACCAAAGCGCCGGAAGCUCCGCAAAGGCACCCAGAGCUGCUGGGAAUGCAAGCGACGGAAAGCCCGGUGUACCUUCUCCUCCGCCAAUCAGAUUGUCUGCGAGGGCUGCACGCGUCGCGGUAUCGACUGUGUCAGUCAAGAGGCUACCGACGAACCGCCUCCUCCAGGAAGCAACAAGCACCUCGUUGACAGGCUGGGGCAGGUGGAAGCUCUGGUCAAACAGCUGCUUCAGACCAAUCACGAAACCGGACUCUUUGCCAGCGAUGGUCUGCCUACUCAAUUUCGGCCUGAAGAGCAGAGCCGUUUUCAAACAUCGCCCACGGGAACUGCCUUGUCUGCUGCUAUUGAUGUGGAGAAGAACACAUCAAAAGCCGAAACGUACGGUAUCAUUUCCAACCAGCUCCUCAAGGCCUGGCCAAACCAGGAAGAUAUGAGAACAAUCUUGGCAAUACCGGUAGAUACUCCACAAGUCAUCCGGGCGGUUAUAUGUAUCAGGAUCAGCCCAGCCCAAACGUCGCUGCUUUCGUCCGCAAGUCUAUUGGAGUUACCGCCCCGAGGAUCUCAUCCUGCCCUGAUUGCUCGGAGUCUCUUAAUUCUUGCCUCUUUUCUUCAAGGGAUACCUUCCUCGUCACUCCAUCAUCUCGAAAAGCUCAGUGUACCCUGGCAAGAAGUGAUGUCGCGGGCCGUAAAGUCGGCCCAUAAUUUGGUUGUCUGCAACGACGAGAUGGUUUCGUCUCUCGAAGGUAUUGAGUGUAUCAUGAUGGACGGCCUGUACGAGAACUACGCAGGCAAUCUGAAAAGAUCGUGGCUUGCUGCGCGUCGAUCUGUCGCCAUCGCACAGAUGCUGGGCCUAGACCGGGGCGUCCGGCCGAAAUCUUUGACCGCGUCCGUCAUCGAGCCUGGCGAUCUAUGGUUUCGGCUCGUCCAGUUUGAACGUUAUCUUUCCCUCAUGUUGGGUCUGCCGCAAAGCUCUUUGGAUGACGUCUACGCGCGUCCAGACGCAUUAGAAGGAUGCGCGCCCCUGGACCGCUUUUUCCGCCUAUGCACCGUUGCCUGUGGCCAGCUACUCCAGCGGGAUCCCUCGAUUGUGUACGGUCCUGAAGACAACAAGGAGAUCGACAAGUUUUUGCAAGAGGCUUCUGCGUUGAUGCCGGCUCAGUGGUGGGUGCCCCCGACCUUCACAUCAGACGCCGGCCCCCUGGAAAGGAUCCGCGAAAGACUUCGGUUCUGUGACCAUACCAUGUAUUACCACCUACUUCUUCAACUCCACUUUCCUAACGUUCUACGACCCAUAUCCGAAUGCGGCCAUAUCUAUCAUAGGAUGACGGCUAUCACGGCCGGUCGUGAAAUCCUUUCGAGAGUGCUGUCCUUCCGCGCGAGUCGACCUUCACGCUACUACUGCAGAGGAAUAGACUUGAUAGCAUUUUUAUCGAGCACUGCCCUGUGUCUUGCCCAUAUCUGCGACGCGCCUCAAGAUGUCACCGCCCAGCACGGGUUUCACUUUCUCGCCCAUCAGCGGCUCAGCGACCGGGGGCUCUUGGAACAAACACUGGCCGCCAUGCAGGAGCUGGUUGAUCGGGACAAGGACGAAAUCGGAGCCAGGGUCGCCUCGCUCCUCGCCUAUCUCUUGCCCAUAGAAGAGGACGUGGCUUCUGGCGGCAAAUAUCUCGUUGCCUUUUCCCCAGAAGCGCCAGACCAUGAUGACCUAGGGUAUAGUGUGAAAAUGUCCGAAGAUGGUACGACGUUGAAGAUCUUUCUCCCCCACUUCAGGGCUAUCAAGAUCCAACGAAAAGGUUCUGGAGGAGAGCAACUACCGAUGAGUCACUCAACAACAAGCGGAUAUGUCGGCAGCAAGCUGCGUCUCGAAUCAAGCAUGACUGGAGAUGGAAGCGCCCCUUCAACCCGGAGCAGGCAAAGUCCGAUACCUACUCUGACAAGCUUGAAUGAUGUUGAAAAAAACGGCUCCAGGAGGACAGAAUACGUCGAACAGCCACUACUCGGACAGGAAGUUGACGAAGAAGACUGGGCGUUAGAGAACUUUGACUUUACGUUUCUAGAUAGCUUCAUCGGAGAAACAGUGGUAUAG